AUGGCAAUGCCACGCCCUGGAGACGCUACUCUGCCAAGAUUCUUGGUCCCCUUCAUCUUCCUGCAGCUCCUGCCUUCUGGGAACGGAAAAGCAGAUUUCCAUGUCCUUGGACCUCCGGACCCACUUCUGGCCAUAGUAGGGCAAGACAAAGAGUUGCCUUGCAAACUGUCACCCAACAUCAGUGCUGAGGGCAUGGAGCUGAGGUGGUACAGAAACCGGACCUCACAGGCUGUGCAUGUGCACAAGAACGCGGAGGACGUGUGGCAAGAGCAGAUGAGGGAAUAUGAGGGAAGGACCACGUUCCUCGGCAAUCACAUGGCCAGGGGAGAGGCUGCUGUGAGAAUACACAAUGUCACCCCGUUUGAUAACGGGACCUAUCACUGCCUCUUCAAGGAGCACACAUCCAACAGCCAGGCCACCCUGUGGCUGAAGGUGGCAGGGUGGGGCUCAUCACCCAGAAUCCGUGUGACCGACACCCAGGACAAAGGCAUACAGGCAGAGUGCACCUCAGCAGGCUGGUUCCCAGAGCCUAAGGUGGAGUGGCUGGACCUCAGAGGACAGCCAGUGCCCGCCAAGACUGGCUUCUUGGCUUCAGGCAGCACUGGCCUCUUGGCUGUGGUAUCCAUUGUGACUCUGCAGGACAGGGCUGUGGGGAGCCUGACUUGCUCCAUCUCCAAUCCCCUCCUCCCCGAGAAGAAUGUGACUGAGACUUACCUGCUUGCCUCCCUAUUGAGAAAGCAUCUGUCCGUGGAACGGGGACCAGCUCUGCCCUUGAUCCUCACGGCACUGGGGCUCGUCUUGGCAGCGAUCGCCUGUGCCUUUGGGAAGCAUUACCAAGACAAGCAUAAGACAAGUCAGGAAGAAGAAGCAGAUCCAGAAGCUGGUGAUGAGGCUGAGCCCUUCCAUGCGAGUCUGUCCCUGGACCCUGAAACUGCCAGUCCAAAACUCAUGGUGUCUGAGGAUCAUAAAAGUGUGAAGCGGCUGCUAUUUGACCAGGACCUGUCCCCCAAUUUUAGAAGAUUUGACCAGGACCCCUGCAUCCUGGCUCAACAGCGAUUUGAGGCAGGGAGACACUACUGGGAAGUGGAGGUUGGGGCCAGGAGGGCCUGGAUUCUGGGUGUGUGUUUGGAAAGUUUGGAACGGGAAGGAAGGAUCCCCAAGUCACCCCAGCAUGGCCUCUGGGCACUGGAGUUUUACAAGAAGAAACUCCAGGCCCUCUCCUACCCCAGGACUCACCUGUCUCCUCCGGAGCCCCUCUGGCGGGUGGGCAUCUUCUUAGACUUUGAGGCAGGGAAGAUCUCUUUUCAUGAUGCGACCAAUGGCUCCCUGAUCUAUGUGUUCUCCGGGAUGUCCUUUUCUGGUCCCCUACAGCCAUUCUUUUGCCUCUGGACCCAUGACCCCAGGCCCCUGACCAUAUGUUCAGUGGUCAAAGAGACGGAAGAAAACACAGAAUCCUCUGGAGGCCUGGGGACUCCUGACAUGUCCUUAGGAGACAGGAGCUCCUGCCUUCUUGCCCACCCUACUCCUGGUACUAGUUAUCAAUUUCCCCCAUAA